UUUUCGAGUGUGAUUAAUUUAUGCUGAUAGUGAUGCCCGGUAAUCCCGGUUGGUUAGAUGUGAGCUCGCGCUCUGAGGUCAGGAGGCUCUUUGUGUUCUCGCGAUACUUCCCGGGAAGUGGGAACUCGUAGUGCUAUGGCAGCUGAAAACAGAAAUGCUGACCCUGAUUCCGCUAGAGUCUGGGAUAGAGACAGUCUUGCGAAUGAUUCGUUUCAAGACAGUUUCCAAACAAGGGUGUUUAAAAUAAUUGUCAUUGGUGACUCGAAUGUUGGAAAAACGUGUUUAACCUAUAGGUUCUGUGAAGCUAAAUUUCUUAAAAACCCAGAAGCCACAAUCGGAGUUGACUUCAGAGAGAAGACCCUUGAGCUGGAUGGAGAAAAUAUCAAGUUGCAGAUUUGGGACACAGCAGGACAGGAGCGUUUCCGAAAGAGUAUGGUGGAACAUUACUACCGCAGCGUGCACGCUGUGAUCUUUGUUUAUGAUGUAAGUAACAUGGCAUCCUUCGAAAGUCUGCCUGAGUGGAUUGAGGAGUGUAGACGGCACUCAGUUCCACUAAACGUGCCCCACAUCUUAGUAGGAAACAAAUGUGACUUAGGAAGAGGAGAGGUUCCCACCUCACUGGCUCAGCGGCUAGCUGAUAGCUAUAAUUUCCCCCUAUUUGAGACGUCUGCCAAGGACCCUGCUGAGAAGGAGCAUGUGGACGCCAUUUUCCUCACCCUGGCCCACAAGCUGAAGAAUCACAAGCCUUUGAGGCUGAAACAACCAAGUGGAAGCAUUGCAACACCUCUAAGCAGCGAGCAGGAAGAGAAGAAGAUCUGUUACUGCUGAAAAACUGUGGCCUUGUGUAAUUGAGUUCAAAUGAUGAUGAAAUGGUCAUGCUAGAUUUGGAAGGUUUUUUGAAUGGAACAGAAAAGUAUUGAGUUCCUUCUUCUUGAAAAGCCAGUGUAAGUGUUUACCAAUAAAGCAGUACAGUGAUUAAGAGGAUCAACUCAACAGCAUUAAUGAAGCAAACAAAUGCAAAAAGUUAGCAAAAGAAAAUGAUCAAAUACUUACAUUAACGUUACGAUAAAAAUGCCUUAUUAGCAUGACAAAAAUAUAUUGUCAAGCAUAUCACUUACUGUACAUAUUUCACACGUCCAUGCUGAGCAACUUGAGUUGUUGAGUUUGUGUUCAUGCUGUUUGUCGUCACUUAGUGUUGUAUUUAUUUGUUUGCAGCGUUACAGUUACUUUGUAUCUGAGCCAGAAUUCAGCAAUUUUAAAGUGAUAUUUCAGGCGUUAAAAAAAGGGAACCAGUUUUCUGUGUUAAUUAUUCUUCGAUAACCCAUUAUACAUUACAGAUGUUCAUAACACUUCAUAAUUCAUAGUCACUAUUUCACAUGAAUGCGCUGCAUCUAUUCUUACUUGAGAAAAUCUGCUCUGAUUACCUUGCAUGUUUGAACUCGAUUUUUGCACAAAUACAGAGUUACAAAUGAUAUCAGCCAACACUAUAUCAAUAGUCACUAUUUAGCAGCUUGAUCAUAAUUAUAUCUGUGAAUAAGACCAGCUUUGCUGCUUUUAUGGUUUAGAGUAAAGAAUGCCAUUAAAGUAUUCUCAAAGCUUGCUCUUUACCUGGAUUAUAUCCCACAGAAGAAUGUAACUAUUAACAUCACUUAACUUCCAGCAUGACAGCUUGAUAUAUGUGACAACUUACUCUAAGCUCACAGCACAGCCUGAUAAAGGUACUAAUCCCAGCCACCAAAUGAAUUUUCAAACCAGGCUCUUGGUUUAAAAUUGUCUUGUAGAGCAAACCGAAUUGAAAAAUAAAGAGCUAGACUCUGUUAUUCCACUAGGGGGCAAAACAGAGCAAUAAACUCUGAGCCAUAAACGUUACUGGACCAUGUCUUUUCGAAAGUACUGGAUCUCUGCAGCUUGGGGCUAGCUCCAAUUGGGCUAGCAUGCUAACAUGUGAUAGCAUGUCUUAGUACUGGAUGAUUCUAUGGGCUAGCUUUCUUAACCCUAACCCUAAUCCAUCCUGUAUGUGAGCUGGCUGUGGGCUGCAGAGACACAUGCUUGUAUUUCACAGUAGCAGGGUUGAAAAUGUCAUGCAGUGCAACUAUACAGAUUUUUUUUCCCCCCUCACUUUAGUUUAGUUUUGUUUUGUGUGUGUAUUAGUGACAUUAUUCCAUAAUUUAGUCCAAUUCAGUUCCAGGUUGUAACACUAGAAAUUUUGGAUCAUUUCAGGAGGGGGGGGGGGUGAAUACUUAAUCAAAGCAGUGUAUAUAUGGUAAAGAUAUCAUUUUUGGUAAAGAAUUGCAGUAUGUUUGGUAGAUGAUAUACAUUUACAUCUGUUGGUAUAUUCAUAACACUAUGUAACACGAUUUUUGUUCCUGGGUAGUGAAUGACGUUUUCCAAUUACUCUUGAUGGAAAAUGAUAUAAAAAAAAAAAAUAGCCAUUAAGCCCCUUGACGUUUGAGUUUGGGCUUUUAGGAGAACGAAAACCUCAAAAUUAGCCCAGUUAUAGAAAUGAAUAUAACAUUCUGGAAUAUUCUAUCCAGAACAUUCCAAAUAAUCUAGAAAUUGCUCUAAAAACAUGCAACAAAGUUCUAGAAUAUUCCAGAAAAAGAGACCUUGAUUUUUCUUGGUUUUUUUUCCCAAGAAAUUUCUGGAUUUAUUCUAGAAAAACGGGUGGCUACCAGAAACAUUCCAGGUAGUUCUACCUCAUUGUUAGGUAGUUAAAGUACAUUUUCAAAGUUUCAUUGCAAUUCAAGAGGUUUUUUGGAAAGUCUAAUUUAGCUAUUUUUCACAUGUUUAGAGAAAUAUGAGAAUUUGAGACCAGGUUUCAAUCCCAGGGUUCAAACCCAAACUUUCAUGGCUAAGAUAGGUUUUUUCUCUUCAUUUGGGUUACAAAGAAUGGGGUAAUAACACUUAUAUCACAGGAAAUAAGAAAAAACAAGAAAAAAAUACAAAUUUGUUAGAGUGUAAUCUACCAUUUAGAUAGUUGAACAGAUGAAUGAACACAGGUAAUAGGAGUUAUUGAUUGUUUUUGGUUUGCUUGAGACGUGUUACCUAAAAUUAGCGUAACGCUAAUGAUUUUAUUUUUUCCUAAAUGAAGAAAGCCUUUGUCACAUAUACAGUACAGGAGAGUGAAAUUCCAAGUUGUUGGUUUUUUUUCCACAUCUCGAUAUGUUCAGAGCUGUGUGAACCAAAAUUUUAAUAAUUAAUUCAAGUCCAAGUUCAUGUUGAGCAACUUCUCACCCUAACCCUGAACAGCUGAUAAGAUAGAAUCUGCCCUCCAGAGAAAGCUGUUUUUGUGUUGUAGUCUUGUAAACGGUUGAGUCUCAAGUAUGUGAUGUUUUGUGAUUGUUAUUGAUUUGUUCACAGAGAGAUAUAACGCACUUUCGAAUGCAAAUAUGAGUGAGAUUGAAUCUGAACAUUAAGGUUUGUGAUGUGACUGCAGCCUUAGUCUUUUCUUAAGUUCCUAAGUCAGUAAUGACCUAAAACGAUGCCUCUAUUGCUGCUGUUGUCCGUUUACAUAACUGUGACUACACAACAAACUUGUUUAAAUCGCUUUUUAAAAUAGAUAUAAAACCAUCAGCACAAGGUCUCCUAGUUAAUGUGAACACAUGGCAUAAUCUGGAUCAUGAGUAAGAGUGGGAAAGCUUCUGUAAUACAAUGGAAAUAAUCCAAUUUGUGUCAUUUUGAGGAUGUCUACUAAAUUUGAGCAAAAUGCUCUAUGUUUUGUGUAACCGAUGUUUUGGAUUUCUGCAAUAAAACGGUCUUAAUUGUCUUAGUGAAUAAAUAAAAUAAAUUAAAUAUAUAAUUCAAUACGUUCCCAUUUAUUUUGCUGUUUCUUUGGAAGACAAUUAAGGGGCAUUUCUGAAUUAUAAAUAUAAACAUGGCAUUACAAUGGCUGUAGAAAUAAUCUGUUACAGUGUUCAAUUCAGGAAUUUCUGUAAUUCAUUCAUUAAUUUAAUAAACAAAAUUUGUUGAAGAUUGGAAAAUUUUGUGUUGGAGUAAACAUGUUCUAAAACAUUAUGCACUUUGCACAUGCUUACCUUAUACCUUAAUAAAUGUUUUAAAAUUCUUGCUUGCCCAAAUGCUAUCAAUUAGAAUGGACAAAACAAUUUAUUUUUAAUAUAAUUUUAUUUACAAAACAUUUAAUCACCUCCUAAAGUAUUGGAACAUAAGGCCAGUCCCAUUGCUAUUGCUGUACACUGAAGACAUUUGGGGUUUGGGAUCUAAAGCUGAAUAUAAGACAACAGAUCAGAGUUUCUGCUUUCAUUUCCUGAUAUUUAUAGUCAUAUAUAUCAUUUUAAACAUGCUCUAUUUGUGAAUAAAACAUUGCU